UUUGUGUUUCGAGUUUCUAACUUUUUGUUGUUUUCAAGGUGUGGUCAUUCUGACCCAGUUCACUCAAUUUGUUUAUAAUUUGAAAACUGAAACCUUGAAAUCAAGUCGACCACAAGAUGUCAGAGUCUGAAUCUGACACAGAUGGGGGGAACCAUGCGAUCCUCGUUGCGAGAGUUGGUGCCAUGACGAAAAAAUGCGAUGAGUUGAGCGUUCGAGUCUCGUCUCUGCAGCAAGAAAAUCGAGUUUUAAAAAUGGAGUUGGAAACGUACAAACUACGAUGCAAAGCUCUGCAAGAAGAAAAUAAAGCUCUGAGACAAGAAAGUGUUAACAUUCAGGCGAGAGCCGAGCAAGAGGAAGAAUUCAUUUCCAACACAUUGAUGAAGAAGAUUCAUGAAUUAAAGAAAGAGAAGGAAACGUUGGUGAAUAAGUAUGAAACUGAGGAAGAAUUCCUGACUAAUGAAUUGCAGAAACAACUGAACCAACUCAGACAGGACAAAGUAGAACUUGAGCAAACGCUGGAAAAAGAGCAAGAGAAGCAAGUUAAUUCACUGAUGAGAAAAAUUGAUAAAUUAAAACGAGAAACGCAGAACAAACAAUACAAACUCGAAGAAUUAAGAAGAGAGAAGGUUGAACUUGAAAACACACUUGAAAAGGAGCAAGAGGGUUUAGUGAACAGACUCUGGAAAAAAAUGGACAAAUUGGAAACAGAGAAAAGACUUCUGCAGGAGAAACUGAAUCAACCAAUCAGUGCUCCUCCCUCACCUCGAGACUCAACCGUAGUUGACGAAGAGUUGAGUGAGAACCUCGCUGCUCACGUUCGAUAUUUGAAAAAAGAAGUUGAAUGGCUGAGAAGACAACUCAAGUCCAUGCAAGAAGAGAAAAACUGCGCAACCAACAUGCUUUUGACUGAAGAAUUUAAACUACGAGAAGAAAACAUCCGACUACAGAAGCAACUUGCGCUCGAACGGGAACGCAGAGAAGCAUUAUCGCGUCAACUUUCAGAGUCCGAGUCUAGUCUUGAAAUGGAUGAAGAGUCUAGAUUGAGUCUCGAUACACCGGGGGCAUCGUUCAUGGGGGGCGGGCUCGUACCCCCCGGUUCGGGAGGAGCAUCAAGCUCAUCAGCUGUUCGUCCACGAACUGUUUCGAGUCCGAUUCCGUAUUCGAUGCAGACAGCUCGGCCGAUAUCGCCCGGCCUUGGUGCAAUAGCGACAUCAAGUGGUCAAGGAAUGUUGGCGUUCACACCGCCAUCUCCACUCAGUCGUAGCUCGACCAUGAGCGCUGCGGUCCAAUCAUCGUCAAAAUCCCACUCGGGACAAGUUGCGAACAGAUUUGUGAAACCGUCCCCCCCUCCCUCCCCAAAAUCAAAAAUGCAUGAAGGAUGAAAAAUAUUUGAAAACGGGAUUCCCCUAGCGGGGGUACAAAGUAUGAACUGUUUUCAAAUGAAAAAAACAUUUAAAGAUACAAGUGUGAAAUCCGUAUGUUUGGUCCUCCCUCACAAAAAUAAAAAUCAUGACCGAAAAUGGGAAAUCUCCCACCCAACAUAGUUAUUUACAAUGAUAUUUUUUCCUCCCAUAGUGAAUGGGUUGGCAAUGUCAAACUGAAAAAAUUUCUCCCCAAAUUCCCCAAUUUUUUUCAAAUCACCAUAUAUGGUCAUUUCAAAAUAUUUUUGGGAAAAGCAACUUUUUUUGGCGUUUUUUGAUUUGGUGUAAAUAAAUGUACAUAUUAUUUUCUUUUGCCACUGUAUACUGCAUGGCUCGCGUUAUGUAUUAUUAUUUUUGAUUGCUUAAUUAAUUGAAGCUCUUGUUAAUUCAUCAACAUGUUCUUGACGAAAUCGUUUCCUACACUCUGUGGCGUAACAAGGCGAGACAUUUCAAAUGCUUGUAUCAGCCAUGGAUUGAAGAUUUUGCAGAAAAUAACAUCAUCAGCUUAAUAAGAAGUCUGCUCUUUUAAAGAGCCGUGUGAUCGUGGUGUCAAAAUCGGUUGCACAGAAAUUUCAGAUUUUAAAAACUCCCUCCUAAAAAUCCACUCUAAAACUGAAAUCAUACCACCUGGUAAAUAAAUGGAAGUUCCCAUGACAAGUUACCAUUCUAAGAUUGGUAUUAUAUAUUCCAUAUCUUUGCUUUCAUUUUCUAAAUGUUCUAUUUCCAUUAUUUCAUUGACAUAUGUCGGGGAUUCUUGAACUAUUACUUGAUGUGUUUUUUGGUUCCCAAACCAUGGCCAAGUAUGACCUGCUCAACGAUCGAAUAUGGCCCGCCGAACUUGAGUGAGAUAAUUGUUACUUCACCAAUUGUUACAUCAUUAUCACAGUUUAAGCACGUGUAUAUUCGUAACAAUCCAUUUAUACCGGUAACUUAAUUAUAUGGUAUCGGCCUCCUCCAGGUACUCCUCUCUCCUGACCCGUGAAUGUCCUCUCGCUUCUAAUCUUGGCCCUCGGUGUAUCAACUUUGGGAACCUCUGGUUUAACUUGAUACCUAAGGCUAGCAGACUCCGAGCUAGGACUAAAAUAGGACUUUUGUAUCUGUGAUUAUUUGCAGGCCAAUCUGUACUGUGUGACUUUGGGCACGCAAAGAACAGGACGCGCUUUCAAUAGACUACCAGUCGAGAAAAAUUUCCUCCCGAAUCUCGAAAGGGAAUCAUAUCAAUGACAUUUCUCAAUAAGGCUGCUAUAAAACUUUUUUUUUCUUUCUUGUUAACUUAAUUUUUUGGUAAUUUCCUAUAAAAAUUUUGAGAAAAAAAAAACGAAAAAUGCAAAAACCUGAUUUCACAGUCCAAGUUCGUCUCAGUCAACUUAAUGUUUUCUGCAACAAUUUUUUUUACUUUGCUAUUUCCAUGAGGGUCUGACAUUCAGAUUUUAGGGAGUGGACCCUGGUGUUAGGAAGUCCUCGAUAGAAAGUUUUUGUUACUUGAUUAUUUGCGGGCCGAUUUGGAACAUCAAACAAAUCACGGGGUAUGAUUUCAACCAGCCAAAAUUUUGUUUAUUGCAAAUCUGCUCUCACCUUUUCCAAUAGGCUGCUAUGGACUUAGUUGUAUUUAAUUGUCAUUUAUUCUUCUUGGGAGUAUUUUAUAAAAAAAAUUGACAUACUGGGAGGAAAAAAUAUGAAUUUGAUAGAAACAUGCAAAACCCAAAUUCCACAGUCCAAUUUUGUCAACUUAAUUUGUUUUCCGAGUUUCUGCAUUUAAUUUUUUUUUCUUUGCUCACCACCAUGGAGUCUGAAAUUAAGAUUUUGGGGACCCAGGUGUUAGGACGUCCUCGAUGGAGCAUUAUGUUAUUAUUUGUUGUUUCCCGAAGUUUCACUUUUUCUUUUGUUUCUAAUUCUUACUAUUUUCUCUGCAACGGGAUGUCAAUAAAACGUGUUAAAUUUCUGA